AUGUUGGCGUCAGUGAUUUUCUACCUCGCCUUCGUGGUCGGGGUGACUAGUCUAAACAAUGGCAUUGGCAAACUUCCCAAGUUAGGCUACAAUACGUGGAAUGUGUACCAGUGUGACUACAAUGCCACAGUCUUGCUGGCUCAAGCUCAAGCGAUCGUUGACGGCGGACUACUUAAGGCAGGAUACGACACUUUCAUGCUUGACGACUGCUAUAGCUUGAGGAAGCGAGGUGAUGGUGGAUCUAUUGUAGCAGACCCGGAAAAGUUCCCAGAUGGCAUGAAGAGCUUUACAAAGUCCCUAAAGGCUUUAGGAUUUAACGCGGGGAUCUAUAGCGACGCAGGAUAUGAGACCUGCGCUGGAUUCCCCGGCUCGUACGGACACGAGGUGCAAGAUCUUGAGACAUUUUCCGACUGGGGUUUCUCCUACCUAAAGUACGACAAUUGCUACAUUCCCUUUGACCAAGUCACGCAGGAAAAUGUCUACGGACGCUAUGUGCGGAUGGCAGAUGCCAUAGAAUCCCACGCACAACAACCAGGCUCAACCCCAUUUCAACUUGCGCUCUGUGAGUGGGGGUGGCAACAACCAUGGGUGUGGGCUCGACGGCUGGGACAGUCCUGGCGUGUAGGAGGGGAUAUACGACCGGUAUGGUCGGCGCUGGCCAGUAUCAUUAACUCGGCGAGUUUCAUAUCAUCAAGCUCGGACUUUUACGCCCACAACGACUUUGACAUGCUGGAGGUGGGAAACACUGGCACUGGAACACCUCCUGGAAACCUAACCUUCGACGAGGCGAAAAGCCACUUCACGGCGUGGGCUUUCCUCAAGUCACCGCUGCUUAUUGGUACCGAUCUUGCUAACACAAUUUCCGACACAUUUGAGAUCCUAGGCAACAAAGAUAUCUUAAAAAUCAGCCAGGAUCCGAAUGUUGGAGAGGCUAUCGUACCGUUCCGCUGGGGAGCUAACGAGGACUGGACGUUCGAUCCCGUCCACCCAGCAGCGUACUGGACAGGCAACUCAUCGUACGGCGUUGUUUUCAUGCUCCUCAACACACUGGAUGAACCGCAAAACAUGUUCUUCAAUCUCACUGAAAGUUGGGCCAUCCGUGCAGGCCGCGUCUACUCCGUCUACGACAUGUGGUCACAUACCGAAAACGGCACCGCAUUACGGAACAUGACUGUUACUCUUCCACCCCAUGGUGUCGCAGCACUUUUGUUAAAUGAUGCCGGUCCCGAGCCCGAGAACUAUGAGCCGUACUGUGCGGGAUAUUGGCAGUGCAGCUAUCCAAACGGGACGUACUAUAGUAAUUAA